GUGCUUGUGCUUUCUUCCUCAAACCAAAACCUCUAUAAUCAAUCAAAAUCAUUUGAUUACAAAUACAUGGUGCUACUCAAUCAAUAUCCACAAGCUACAGUAGUCUAUGCUAUACAGACAUAGCCAUAGCCAUAGGACAACGCUAAAACAAAUUACCUAUGCUCUCCUCGUCUCUCCUACCCAUAAUACACCACUACGGAAGUAAAUGACAAUGAUAUCCCCUUUUUUGAAACGUAACAUUAAUGAGUUUCUUAUGAGCCAUAAACCAUACAAAUAUUUUAAUUUUAAGAGGCACAAUUGCAUUCCAAAUCAUCUUUUGAGAAACAAAAAGUGUUGCAUUAGGAUUGUUAAUAAUCCUACAAAAGAAAUAAUAGCUGUUAGAAUAGUUCUUUUAGUUAUUUUUGUUCUCUUGUUAAUAUUUACUUAAGUUGAGGGUACGAUGGUCAUAUUGCUACUUUAGGUUUUUUAUAUAUAUUUGAGUGAUGUACAGUUGAGGGAAUUAAUUGGUUUUUAAUAUAUACAAAGUUCUCUCUUCUUCUUCUUCUUCCUCCUAACUUUCAACCCUAAUUUCUCCAUUUUACAUUCUCACUUGGUAUCAGAGCUAUCUCUUCUUCAUUAGAAAGGGUUCUACAGAUUCUAAAGAUCGAUCUGAGGUGACCGAGACGUGCUGAUGUCAUCAGCCGUACGAUGACGUCAGCAUGACGUCAGCAGUGUACGGACGGGUCCUUCACCCCUAGACUCGAAAUUGCCUCCUGAGAUUUAUGGUGAUUUUUGUGGAAUUUUUUGAUCAUCCCUGAUGUGAGUUUUCGAUUUUUGAAACUAUUUCGUGUUUUUGGGACUAUUUUUUUGAAUCUGCCUUUGGGACUAUUUUUUUCAGGUUUUUCUUGCUGGGCUCACUUCCCUAGGAGCCGAAAAUCACCCCUCUAAGGGUCCUUGAUCUUAAUUUGUUGUUUUACUCCUAUGGGGUUGAUAUUCUGUUCAAUUUGUGGCUGUUUCUAGAGCCGAAAAUCACUUGUGGCUGUUUCUGGAGACGAAAAUCACCCCUCUAAGGGCUGACACCCUUCUAGCAAGGGAUAUUUGUCCUCUCUUUAUAGAUUGCUACUGUUGCGUUGAUGUGUUGGUCUCAUUUGGGUCCAAACUUGGUUGUUGAGCUAGUUCUGUGUUUAUAGGUGUGAUUGUGGGUGUUGACUGUUUGCAAGUCUGGUUGAUCAUUAUGGUUGAGAUUGAGGCUAAGGCUAUAACUAUGGGUAAAGAUGAUAAUAUGCCUAAAUCUAUCACUACAAAGAAAUUGAAUGGUGCUAAUUAUUUGGCUUGGGCCCAUGCUGUCAAGAUUUUCUUACGAGGUAAGAAGAAGUCCCGCUAUCUUAGUGAACUCCCUCCUUCUACUGAUGAUAAGGAUUAUGAUGAUUGGUGUUGUGAGGAUUCUUGUGUGAUGGGUUGGAUUUGGCAUAGUCAGGAACCACAUGUUGCUACUACCGUGGAAUUUUGUGAUACCUCUAAGGCCAUUUGGGACUCCCUUGCUGAGUCUUUUUCAACUCAAAGUAAUGUCUCUCAAGUCUACGAGUUAUAUGAACAGAUUUUUGCUAUGCGUCAAUCUGGCCGGUCUCUUCCUGAUUAUUAUAGUAGUCUCAAGACUUUGUGGGAUCAGUUACUGCAGCAUCGACCUUUCACAACUGAUGUGACCACCCAGAAACAACAUUGGGAGGAGUUUAUGAUGGCUUCUUUACUUUCUGGCUUAGAUCCUGAGUUGCGAGGGUUCAAAGAUCAGAUUCUUGCCAGUGACACUCUACCUUCGGCUGCCAAUGCCUAUUCUAGGCUGUUACGCUCUUCAUUGGGACAAGCACAAUCCACUGUUGGGUCUUCUUUAUCAUCUUCUGCAUUGGUUUCUAGUAGAUCAUGGGUCUACUCGCGGGGGUUUUCAUAGUUCUUUUGGUUCCCGGAGCUCUUCUUCUGGUUUUCGGGGCUCUCGUGGAGGUGGUUCUCGUAGUGGUGGCUCACGUGGUGGUUUCCGUGGUGGCAGUAGUAGUGGACCUGGUUCUCGUACACGUGGUGAUCGCAAGUGUACUCAUUGUGGUUCCCAAGGUCAUACUGAACCUUGGUGUUGGCAAAAGCAUGGCAGACCUGAUCAUGUCCAUCAGGUUAUGGAUGUCCCCUCCUCACAGUCUUCCUUGUUGUCCACUGGCUCGGAUGCUUCUCCUGUUACUUCGCAUGAGACACUCACUACUCAAAUUAGUGAGCUUACUGCCCUUGUCCAGUCUCUCCGGCCUAGUCUACCUUCUUCCUCUACUGCUACCAUGGCUAGUUCAGGUAAUAUUGCAUGUGUGGCUAAGUCCUCUCAGCCUUGGCUCCUAGACUCUGGUGCUAGUUCUCAUGUCUCUGGACCUCCAGACCAAGAGGAUGAUUGGUUCGGGGCAUGAGAAGGAUGGCUUAUACUUUUUGGACGCUGAGACGUCUCCUCCUUCAUCUGCUGUGUUGAGUGCUAGUGUAUCUCCUCUUCAGUGGCAUUUUCGCUUGGGUCAUCCCUCCUUGGCCAAGCUCAAGUUAGCUGUUCCGGGUUUGAGUCAUGUUUCUCAGAUUGAGUGUGAAGCCUGUCAAUUUGGGAAGCAUCAUCGUAGUUCUUUUCCUCGUCGUAGUGUUAGUCGUGUGUCUGAGUCUUUUGCUCUUGUCCAUACAGAUAUUUGGGGUCCUUCUAGAACUCCUACUGUUAAUGGGUUCUUUUAUUUUGUUAUUUUUGUGGAUGAUUACUCUCGGAUGACUUGGUUGUUUUUAAUGAAACAAAGAUCUAAUUUGCCUUCCAUCAUCUCUAAGUUUUAUAAUGAAAUCUUUACUGAAUUUGGCAAACGUAUUAAGAUAUUUCGAUCUGAUAAUGCCUUAGAAUAAGAUAUGUGCAAUCUAUUAUAACUACCUUUUGUGAUGCUCAUGGUAUUAUUCAUCAAACUAGUUGUCCUCAUACAUUCCCACAAAAUGGUGUUGCAGAACGGAAACACCGCCAUUUGCUAGAUGUUGCUCGCACCCUGAUGUUUAAUAUGCAUGUCCCCAAACAGUUUUAGGGCGAUGCUGUUCUCACUGCUUGUUUGCUUAUCAAUCGCAUGCCCUCUAGUGUUGUACACACAUCUCCCUAUUCUCUGUUAUAUCCACCACAUCUCCUUUUCCCUUGCCUCCUCGCAUUUUUGGGUGUGUGGCCUUUGUCCAUGUUCUUGACCCUGGGUUGGAUAAGUUAUCUCCUCGUGCACGCAAGUGUGUGUUCUUAGGUUAUUCUCGCACUCAAAAAGGGUACCGGUGUUAUCAUCUUGAGUCUCGUCGCUACUUUGUCAGUGCUGAUGUAACGUUUUUUGAGUCUACUCCGUUUUUUUCUUCCUCUGGGCAACAGUUAUCUCCUGAUCUUCUCUCUUCUCGUGAGGGGAAGCCAGCCUCUCUCGCUCCUACUCUUCCCUCUUAUGCUCCUUCCACAUCCACUCCUCUAUCCUCUCUCUCUCCUCUCACUUCUACCCCUCCUUUGCAGGUUUAUCAACGGUCUCAAGCUCGUCGCACUGUGUCUUAUGGCCCGGCCAGUUCAUUUCCUUCGUCUGAGGCCCCUGUUCCACCUGCUGCUCUACCAUCUGAUGACCUUCCUAUUGCCCUCCGCAAAGGUAAACGCACUUGCACUCAACAUCCUAUUGCUCAUUUCGUUUCUUAUGAUCGCCUCUCUCCUGGUCUUCACUCUUUUGCUUGUAGCUUGUCGAGUAUUUCCAUUCCUCGCACCUAUCU